UAAAGCUCCCCCCACAGGAAAAAUGAUGAUGGUGCGUUGGUCAAUCAUUGUACCGCUGUUCCUCUUCUUCCUCAGUGUCCCUCCGGCGAUUGCACAACAGCCGCCGCCCACUGUAUGUAUUAUUGGCAGUGGUAUCGGCGGCUCCUCCUUGGCUCACUUUCUCCGGCAAUAUGCUCCUUCGUACAACGCCUCUGUCGAUUUCAACAUUCGGAUAUUCGAGCGCCACAACAUCGUCGGCGGUCGGAUGGCCACUGUCAACGUCGCCGGAGAUACAUUCGAGGCCGGAGCGUCCAUUUUGCAUCCCAAGAAUCUUCAUGCUUUGAGAUUCACUAAGCUACUCAAUCUUACCGUCAAGAAACCCUCCUCUUCCGAUUCGUUCUCUCUCGGCAUUUGGGACGGCCGUAAGUUCGUCUUCAGAACCCUCAAGAGCGGCCUCACCUCCAUGUUUCCUUAUCUGGAUAAGAUCGUGGAGCUAUGGAAUCAGGUCGUCAUGUUCAUCCGAUAUGGCUUCUCGCUUCUCAGAAUGGAGAAAUUUGUUGAGAGUGCUGUGGAAAAAUUCUCGAAGUACUACGAAGGCUUUGAAUCUAGGCCUGUCUUCGAGACUGUAAAUGAUAUGCUCAAUUGGUCUGGUUUGUACAAUCUCACCACUCGAACUUUGUAUGAGGAAUUAAUUGAUGCUCGGUUGUCUCGCUUGCUAAUACAAGAGCUUGUCACUGUUAUCACAAGAAUUAACUACGGUCAAAGUGUCUCUAUUAGUGGACUUGCUGGGGCAGUUUCGUUGGCAGGAUCAGGCGGAGGGUUGUGGGCAGUUGAAGGUGGUAACUGGCAGAUAGCUGCUAGACUAAUAAAUCAUUCAGAUAGCACAUUACAUUUGCAAGAGGAAAUCGAGUCCAUCUCUUACCUAGGUGAAUAUUAUGAGGUUAAAUCUAACAAGGGAAACAGUUAUUCCUGUGAAAUUACUGUAGUAGCUACUCCUCUAGAUGAACAGAACAUUCAGUUUACACCUCCGAUUAUAAUUCCUAAGAGAGAACUGCAGCAUACUCAUACAACAUUUGUCAGGGGCCUCUUAAAUCCUGGGUACUUCGGCUUGAAAGCUUCAUCAAAAAUUCCAAAGUUGGUGGGUACAACAGAAACUGAGGAUGUUCAAUUUUCGAGUAUUUCUGUUCUUAAGCAACAUGAUGAUAACGAUAUGACUUACAAGAUAUUCUCUCGUAAACCAAUGGAAGAUACCCUACUGGAUAAGAUCUUCAGUGUAAGAAAUGAGACCAUUCGGAUAGAUUGGGCUGCAUAUCCCCACUUCAAAGCUCCUGAAGUAUUCGCACCUUUUAUUUUGGAUGGUCGGCAUUUGUACUAUGUGAAUGCUUUUGAGAAUGCAGCCAGUACCAUGGAGACCAGUGCUGUUGCAGCUGAGAACAUUGCACGACUCGUUCUAUCCAGAUUUUUUGGAAAGGUCGGCCCCGAUUUGUUACAUCUCAACCUUAAUUCCGAUCGAGAUGCUUCGACUUUACAUGUGGAUCUUUGAAUUCCCAUUUCUCUGUUUGAGAUUGUGAUAUCAUGUAACAUGUCAUGUACAUUAUCAGGUUUUUGUUAUGGUGAAGAUAAAUAAACCCAAACUCUUGUUUUUUUUCUUCCUGUAGAAGUAUUGAACAAAUAAAAUUUAUAUCACCGUGAAGAUAUUAUACGCUUAA